AUGUUUUCAAUGAGGUGGAGCCUUCUUCUUAUUGUCACAGGUAAAUAGAGUCAUCCGUUUUGCUUUGCUAACGCCUUAUUUUAGUGCUUGCAAUGAUCAGCUCCGCCAAGGCCAAUCCGUUUUUGAUGAGUAGACUCCCAACGUCGCCCGAUCGUCUGGUCUACGCGUUGCCGGUGAGUCAGAGAACUAGCACUUCUAGAAAGGGGUAAAAUACGCGUGGCGGACAUGGGAUAUUUUAUUCUUCGAUUUCAAUCGAAAAAAAGUAGGAUUUGACUUAAACUCGGCUUUUGGGACCUUUGAAACUACAUGCUAUGGAUAGACUUUGUACAGAGGUUCUACUGGCUUUCUCUGAGAUUCCUCUUGCAAAGAAAACAGUUGAAUAAUCUCGGCUAGAAGCCUAGACCCUCUUACAACUCUAGAAAUUGUUUUUCACCACUAAAGGCCCUCGAUUUCAGCAGAACGACUACCAAAAACGCGACACCUACCUCAAGCGGGGGUUUGACUACGAAGAUGACGUAAGUUCGUUGAUCAAUUUUACUACGCUUUAAUAACACACGUGUGUUGCACUUUUUCACAUUUUUUUGCUGAACAAAAUAGCACAUACAAACAUUGCGUUCAAAGAGUUCAGUUUGAAAAGAUAUAAAUUUGUAAAAUUUAUUUUUAGACCCUUCUACGCUUCGGAUAA